AUGGUCAGCUCCUGUUGUGGCUCUGUCUGCUCUGAGGAGAGCUGUGGCCAAGGCUGCUGCCAGCCCAGCUGCUGCCAGACCACCUGCUGUAGGACCACCUGCUGCCGCCCCAGCUGUUGUGUGUCCAGCUGCUGCCGCCCCAGCUGCUGUGUGUCCAGCUGCUGCAGGCCCAGCUGCUGCAGGCCUAGCUGCUGUGUGUCCAGCUGCUGCAGGCCCCAGUGCUGCCAGUCUGUGUGCUGCCAGCCCACCUGCUGUCGCCCCAGCUGUUGCAUUUCUAGCUGCUGCAGGCCUUCCUGCUGCCGCCCUAGCUGCUGUGUGUCCAGCUGCUGCAGGCCUCAGUGCUGCCAGUCUGUGUGCUGCCAGCCUACCUGCUGCCGCCCCAGCUGCUGUGUGUCCAGCUGCUGCAGGCCCUCUUGCUGCAUCUCCAGCUGCUGUCGCCCCUGCUGUCGUCCCUGCUGUGGUAGUUCUAGCUGUUGUGGAUCCAGCUGCUGCCGCCCCAGCUGUUGCAUUUCUAGCUGCUGCAGGCCUUCUUGCUGCCGCCCCAGCUGCUGUGUGUCCAGUUGCUGCAGACCCCAGUGCUGCAUCUCCAGCUGCUGCCGCCCCACCUGUUGCCAGAACACCUGCUGCCAGAGCACCUGCUGCCGCCCAGCAUGCUCUAGUGGUUCUUGCUGCUGA